AACUCGUUUAACUAACCCGUUCGGACUUACAGCAGCAUUCGGUGCAUGAAUAGCAUACAGUUCGUGCGCCAGUACAUGUUAAGACUUCGGCAGCAGUAUGGACAGAGGUAGCUGGUCCUGAGGAGAAUCCGUGCGUUCGGGAGCGCAUCUAGGACUCCGUUAACUCUAUUUGUUAGUAGUGUUUCCUAGUUUUCUUGUCGCCGUCCAAUUAUACAAACAAACUUGAAAAAAUAUUUGAUUCGGAAGUUUAAGUAUUCCUCCUCAAAACGGAAUUACAGCAAGGUGACUCGAUUGGCCUAACUGCCAAGUAAGGAGAGAGAAUGGGGAGCCGGGGGCACUUCCGGUACCACUGGCAGAGCCACAAUGUCAAACAGAGUGGAGUGGACGACAUGGUGCUUCUCCCUAAGAUCAACGAAGACGCCAUUGUGGACAACCUCAAGAAGAGAUAUAUGGAUGACUACAUAUUUACAUACAUCGGCCCUGUGCUUAUCUCAGUCAACCCCUUCAAGCAGAUGCCAUACUUUGGGGACAAGGAAGUGGAGAUGUACCAGGGUGCGGCCCAGUACGAGAACCCCCCUCACAUCUACGCCCUGGCAGACAACAUGUACAGGAACAUGAUGAUCGACAGCGAGAACCAGUGUGUCAUCAUAAGUGGAGAAAGUGGUGCAGGGAAGACUGUGGCAGCUAAAUACAUCAUGGGCUACAUCUCCAGGGUGUCCGGAGGAGGACCUAAAGUGCAGCACGUCAAAGACAUCAUCCUUCAGUCCAACCCUCUCCUGGAGGCCUUCGGCAACGCCAAGACACUGAGGAACAACAACUCCAGCAGAUUUGGGAAAUACUUUGAGAUCCAGUUCAGCUCCGGCGGCGAGCCAGACGGGGGGAAAAUCUCCAACUUCCUGUUGGAGAAAUCACGCGUGGUCAUGAGGAAUCCUGGAGAAAGGAGUUUCCAUAUAUUCUACCAGUUGAUAGAAGGAGCAAGUAGCGAACAGAAGAGCAGUCUCGGAAUCACAAGCCUGGAUUAUUACAGUUACCUCAAUCAGUCUGGCUCCUACAAGGUGGAUGACAUCAACGACAAGAACGACUUCCAGGAGACUAUGACUGCCAUGGAUGUGAUCGGAAUCUCAGGGAAGGACCGUGCCCUGGUGCUGCAGAUUGUGGCCGGAGUCCUGCACCUGGGCAACAUCAACUUCAAGGAGGCAGGGAACUAUGCUGCAGUGGAGAGUGAAGAAUUCCUGGCCUUCCCUACGUUCCUCCUGGGCAUCGACCAGGCGCGUCUAAAAGAGAAGCUGACCAGCAGGAAGAUGGACAGCAAGUGGGGCAACGCCAUCGAGACCAUCAACGUGACGCUGAACGUGGAGCAGGCGUGUUACACGCGGGACGCCCUGUCGAAGGCUCUGCACUCGCGCGUGUUCGACUUCCUUGUGGAGGCGAUCAACAAAGCCGUGGUGAAGGAGCAGCAGGAGCUCAAUAUCGGAGUGUUGGACAUUUACGGAUUUGAAAUAUUCCAGAAAAAUGGCUUUGAGCAGUUCUGCAUCAACUUCGUCAAUGAGAAACUGCAGCAGAUCUUCAUUGAGCUGACGCUAAAAGCUGAACAGGAGGAGUAUGUACAGGAAGGCAUCCGGUGGACCCCCAUCGAAUACUUCAACAACAAGAUCGUCUGCGAUCUCAUUGAGAGCAAAGUGAAUCCCCCCGGCAUCAUGAGCAUCCUGGAUGACGUGUGUGCCACCAUGCACGCUGUGGGCGAGGGGGCGGACCAGACCAUGCUGCAGAAGCUGCGGAUGCAGAUCAACUCCCACGAGCACUUCAACAGCUGGAACCAAGGCUUCAUCAUCCACCACUACGCUGGGAAGGUGUCUUACGACGCUGAGGGCUUCUGUGAGAGGAACCGAGACGUCCUCUUCAACGACCUCAUCGAGCUGAUGCAGAGCAGUGAGAUAGGCUUCAUCAGGGCCCUGUUUCCAGACAACCUCAACGCAGAGAAGAAGGGCCGUCCUACGACUGCAGGCAGUAAGAUCAAGAAACAAGCCAACGACCUGGUGAGCACUCUGAUGAAGUGUACUCCUCAUUACAUUCGCUGCAUCAAGCCCAACGAAACCAAGAAAUCGAAAGACUGGGAGGACAGCCGGGCGAAGCACCAAGUGGAGUACCUGGGUCUGAAGGAGAACAUUAGGGUGAGGCGUGCUGGAUACGCCUACCGCAGAAUCUUCAGGAAGUUCCUUAACAGGUAUGCCAUCCUGACUAAGGAGUCCUGGCCAACAUGGCGAGGAGACGAGAAGCAAGGGGUCCUCCACCUCCUCAAAUCUGUCAACAUGGACCAGGACCAGUACCAGCUUGGACGCACCAAAAUCUUCAUCAAAGCACCUGAGUCGCUCUUCCUACUGGAGGAGACAAGGGACCGCAAGUUUGACGGCCAUGCUAGGGCUAUCCAGAAAGCCUGGCGCAAGUAUGUGGCCCGCAAACAGUAUGUCCAGAUGAGAGAAGAAGCCUCGGAUUUGCUAAUGAACAAGAAGGAGAGGCGGAGACACAGCCUGAACAGGAACUUUGUGGGGGACUACAUAGGCAUGGAUGACAGGCCAGAGCUGCGACAGUUCCUGGCCAAGAGGGAGAAAAUUGACUUUGCUGACAAAGUGACCAAAUUUGACCGUCGUUUCAAGGGUAUCAAGAGGGACUUGAUCCUGACCCCCAAGUAUGUUCACCUGAUUGGACGAGAGAAGGUUAAACAGGGUCCAGAGAAGGGUCAGGUGACUGAGGUGCUAAAGAGGCGGAUUGAAGUGGAGAAGAUCCUGGCUGUCUCUCUGAGCACCAUGCAGGACGACCUCCUGGUCCUCCACGAGCAGGAGUACGACAGCCUGCUGGAAUGCACUUUCAAGACGGAGUUCAUCAGCCUGCUGGCCCGCAGGUUCGAGGAGAGGACCCAGAGGAAACUCCCUCUCAAGUUUGGCACCACGCUGGAUCUCAAGUUGAAGAAGGAGAGCUGGGGCUUCCUGAGUGGGGGGGGCUCCCGGCAGGUCCAGUUCAUCCAGGGCCAGGGAGACGUUGCUGUGUUAAAACCUUCCAGUAAGACCCUGCAGGUCAGCAUCGGCCCUGGCUUGCCCAAGAACACACGGCCCACCAAAAAAGGCUUUAGUCAGGGUCGCUCUAACGGGUCCAGAACCCAUCAGACCAUUCCCUCCAGAGCUGCACCAGGACCUCCAGUUGCCCAUCAGAACGGCGGCCCGAAGAACACUAACCACACUGCCAAUCAGAGGAAUUCCACACAACACUCCAAUCAGAAGCCUCCGUCGUCGGUCGACGGGGCUCGCCCCUUCCUGCCUAGCAACCUCAAGCAGCGAGGCAGCAGCCGGCCCCAGCCCAACUUGGACUGUCUGAAGGUUCCUGACCAGGGAGUUGCAGGUAACGGAGGCGCUCGGACAGCUUCAAAUGGAGGAAUUGCCCAUAGACAGACAGUCAGCAGGCCGCCUCCAGGAGGGGGAAGACCCAAGCCCGCCCCCAAACCCAAGCCCCAAGUUCCACAGUGUAAAGCAUUAUAUGCCUACGACGCCCAAGACACUGAUGAGCUCAGCUUUAAUGCGGAAGAUGUUAUUGACAUCAUUAAAGAAGAUGUUUCUGGAUGGUGGACAGGAAGACUGCGGGGAAAGCAAGGUUUGUUCCCCAACAACUACGUCAGCAAGAUUUAACAUCUGUCUGGUGAAGACCCUGACAAACGGCAGUAGGAGACCUAUCCACUGACACUUCAGGGAGGAGAUGGCGUUACCAAACAAAGAGAAACAGGAUUAUGAACAGAAGAAGAGGCAAAACUGCUAUAUUUUCUCCUCUCCAGCUUGGGGGAGUGCAGCUGAAUGUAGCUAAGACUCAGACAGUAAAGAGAAAUGUCAGGCUUGCAAUGAAGCUUACUUUUUCAAUGAGGAUAUUAGGACAAGACUGUUUUUCUCCAGGGGUAUAAUACUAUAUAGUCCCUGUGAGCACUGAACAAAACUAUUUAUUGUAUUUAUAGCUUUCUGUAUUCUCCCUCUUGUCCCUUCUUCGCCUGGCUAAGGUUUUAAGGUGAGCUUUUUGAUGCAUUUGUAAAUCUGUUGGACCAGGUUGCAAUUUCUAUUUGAAUAUCUGUCGUUUUUGAAAUGAAAGUAUCUUUUUCUCAUUUUCUUACACAAAUCAAGGGUGGUUGCCAAGUCACUGUCUUUUAAAUCAAUUAAAACAAUUAUGUCAUGUUUAAAUAUUUUUCAGUGGGGAUUGGUGCUGCUAAAGAAUUAUAUAGUAUUGACCUUGAAUAUAUAUUUUGACUAAACAAAAACAUAACUUGGAGAUUUUAGAGUUUAUAGAACUGUGGUUUUGGACAUUUGCCAAAGAAAUGAAUUAGAAGAACUAUAUUGUUUCUUUGUAUCCAAGUAUACAAAAUGAUCCAGAAUUGUAAGUUUGACAUUCAGAAAAAAGCUGAACAUUCUGACUUUAAAGUCUCUAAAGUUUUCUCCCUCAAAUCUAAUUUGUUUCAGAAAAGCAUCUGAAAUCCCAGAAAAACUAUCACCACGUACUGUACUCUGAGUGUAUUGUCUGUGGUUUUGAAGCACUUUAUCAGUACAGGUACUACCUUGGACAAACCCUGCCACAGCCAGUAAUCCACAGAACUUCAUAAAGGAUAGGUUGCCAAACUAGUGAUGGACCUACACUAGUUAUUGAAGACAAUAAUUUGUUUACAUAGAAUGUAUUAUGUUAAAGGCUUUUAGUUGUAGUUUGUAUGUAUGUAUAUGUAAAGUAUCUUUUCAGAUUUAGGAAUUUGUCUAUGCUGUUUUCUACAUUUUCAAAUCUUUUCAGUGUAUUUUCUCCCCAUAUUUUAUGUGGUUUACAUUUUCUUCUCUGAUUUUGACAUUUUGGGUGUUCUCAAUACAUUUAAUUCCAAUUUAUUUUUAUUUUUAAAGUACACAAUAUGGGUCAUUUGUCACUAUGGUGAGUGGAAUCAUUGGAGUAUCUCAAGCUCUGAUUUAAAGCCAAUACAUUUUUCAUGGCACUAUGAAAGAUUGAGCUUUUUCUCCCUGGUGUCAACAUUUUGCACAGCACAGCUUCUGCAUUACUCACACAUUCCUUCGCUUGCCCCUAAUCUAAGAGUUUUGUAUCAGAUGCACAUUGUUUAACCUAAUGUUGAGAUCUGCUGGGGCUUCGGUCCAAUCUAAUGAACUUGCAGUGCAUCGUCAUAGAUUGUUUGGUCUUGAAUAAUUAAGACAUCCUUGUGCAAUAUCAAAAAUGGAAAUGGUCUUUUAAUAAAAUAUGUACUUUGUA